AUGAAUCUAUUUCGCGGUCGUGCAGUGAUUGAUCAGGUGUUUCCUUAUCCGCUUAGACUAGACGAAGAUCGUCGUGAAACAUUACACCUCAUUGCUGGUCCAAUGGAGAAAUUCCUAAUGGAAGUAAACGACGUCGCAAAGUAAGU